UUCGCAUUUGGCGUGAACGAGCACGCAUAGCGCGCGCGUUCACGUACGACCUUGUUUUUGUUGAUGUUUAAUUUGAGUGCGGCUGCGCGCUGCUCAAUGCUUUCGCCGUUGCUGACGCGACUUGGCCGGGGAAAGGGAGAUUGUGUACAGUCCGGUUGUAGCUAGCGACGCGGUCGAAACGGACAAAGGAGUCCGACCAGAGUGUAGUUUGACUCGGGAGCAAGCUGACGAGAGGAGGUCAGGGACUAUCUUCACCAGCCUCUCCCGUAUGUGAUCGCCCUUGCUCGUCGUCGGACGCUGCCAGCGAGGGCCGAGAAACAAAACUAGCAUAUCGCCAUUAUAUGAUCCAGUGUCCAGCGUCACUUUUACCCUCCAUGUGGGUGAGGGAGCUGUGUGUAUCAGAUUAUGGCGAGAAAAACAGUUAGCAGGAAAAGGAAGGCAGGGGAGCCCAAGGACCAACAACAGCUGGGCUGGUGUCAAGCGCCACACAAGCGGAGCCGUGUUUCUUGUUCAUCACGUCAUGCCCAGCAGUGGUGGUGCGGUCGGCGCUCAGUGGUCUGUGCCCUCCGGGGGCGGGAGUUCAGACCUCAACAGCAGCACGAGUUACGGCUCCAGCGGAGCCUUCGGGGCUUUGCGGCCGGCAGGCUCCCUGGCAUCCUCAAGGAGAGAGAGUUUUCCCUGGGGCGACUCAACAAGGUGUUUGCUUCACAGUGGCUCAACCACAGGCAGGUGGUGUGUGGGACCAAGUGUAACACGCUUUUUGUAGCGGAUGUCCUGACGGGGCAGAUAACGCGCAUUCCCAUGCUGAAGGACAGGGAGUGUCGUGGUGCUGGCUCUGGGGUGGUGGGUCCAGUGGUGGCGGGGCGGCAACCCUUAGGAGGCACUCGUGCCCGCCUGGACCAGCAGGGCUGUGGGAUCCACGCUAUUGAACUGAACCCCUCUGGAACGCUGCUCGCCACAGGAGGAGACAACCCCAACAGCCUGGCCAUCUACCAGCUGCCCACACUGGACCCCGUUUGUGUGGGAGAUGAAGGUCACAAUGACUGGAUCUUCUCCAUCGCAUGGAUCAGUGACAACAUGGCGGUGUCUGGGUCCAGAGAUGGCUCCAUGGGCCUGUGGGAGGUGACCGAGGAAGUCAUGAGCCAGGCUGAGCGGAGUCAGAAUGAAGAGGCAGUCCCCUCAUACGCCCACAUCUCCCAUCGGGCCCUCAAGGAUAUCCCAAAGGAGUACACUAACCCAUACAACUGUAAAGUCCGUGCCCUGGCCUUCAACAACAACCAUAAAGAACUGGGUGCUGUGUCUUUGGACGGCUAUUUCCACCUCUGGAAAGCGGAGCACAACUUGUGCAAGAUACUGUCCACCAAGCUGCCUCACUGCAAAGAGAAUGUGUGUCUGGCAUAUGGGCAGGACUGGUCGGUGUACGCGGUGGGUUCUCAGGCCCACGUCUCCUUUCUGGACCCACGGCAGCCGACACACAGCAUCAAGUCUGUCAAUUCAAGAGAGAGAGGAAGUGGGAUCCGCUCAGUGAGUUUCUACGAGCACAUCGUGACCGUGGGCACCGGCCAGGGUUCCCUUCUCUUCUACGACAUCCGGGCCCAGAGAUUCCUAGAGAACCCUUUGAAUCCAGGCGGAGGGUACCGGAAGUUCCCAGGAGAUGGCAUCCUCAAACUCUCCACAGGGAAAGGCUGGCUGAAUCACGAUGAGACGUGGAGGAGUUACUUCUCAGACAUUCAUUCCUUCCCCAACGCGGUGUACACCCACUGCUACGACGACUCUGGCACCAAGCUGUUUGUGGCGGGUGGACCUCUCUGUUCUGGUCUGCACGGCAACUACGCAGGACUGUGGAGCUAGCCUCCUCGUCUCCUCACCACUCGAUCACUACACCCUCGCCCAGACGUUUCCCUAACCGGUGCCUCCAUCCCUCUCCGUUGACGUCACUGUCUUUGGUAUUGCUCUUGCUCAUUGAAUUGUCACUCUGUUGCUCACACGUGGACUCAGGAGCAUGAUCUUGCCCCCACAGUAUCGCAGCUUUGAAUAUUGUUGUUGUGUAUGUUUGUGUCCACCAUUCCUCUUUCCCUUUCUCCCCCAAUUAUUCCGUUGCUCCUUAGACUUUUAUUUUUUAUUUUUAAAAUGUACAAACAAUUAACUAGUCAUUUUCAAGAGCUGCGAAGUCUGCCACUGAGGAACUCAGAAGAGUUUUGAGAAACACCAAAAUUCAAGUGACGCAUGUUUUCAGAAUUUAAAAUCUCAACCCGCGGGGAUGAGCGUUGGUAUUUAGCUGGCUUGUUCCCGUAUGCGAGGAUGGUGUUUACUGCUGCUUCCUCGUGAUGGAAGAGACCUGUAGAACUGUUCUUCUCAAGAUUCCCUUUCGUUCUCUCACUGAAAUGGACGGCAAUAAAUGGGAGGGAGAGAGGAAAGAGCGUGACUGAAGAGACAAUUGGGUUCGAAGGACCGAACCGGACAUUGGAGAGAGAAUAUUUACUGGGUGGAGCAGCCCGUCCACAACAAUCACAAGAACUUCUCUUCUCUCUGCAGAAGUAUAAACAAAGAAGCCAAUCAAAAUGGAACUUUGUGUUCAUGUUUGUUCUUACCGAUAUGAUGAUGUAAAGGAGAAACAUUGAGAUUGCUAAAUGCAGUGUUGUUCUGCUUUAUUUUAUUUUGUGUGUGAUUUGACAGGCAUACCCCCCCUGCUGAUAUUCUAAUUUUCUUUAUUUGUAUUUAUUUCCCCCUUUCUCCGUCACCUUUACUCAGUUGGUCGGGGUGUUUAUAGCUGCUUCUUUUGAAGGAUAUAUUGUGUCUUUGCCCUUUAUGUUCCCGUUCUCUUUGACCAGAAUAUGUUGGAGCAGAUUGGACCAUUAGUGGCGUUCAAAUUCUGAUCCGUAACCGUUCUGGUGUUCCUAGAAAAUUCAACCCAAGAUUUUAAGUCUUGAAAGCAAAUCAGAUCCGAUUAUUGAUGGAUUGAGAAUCCUUUAAUGUGGUUAAAUCUCUCUCCCCCGUGAUUCUGGGACUCGGGCGGCGAUCUCGACCCUGGAGUUGGAUGCUGCAGGCACAUGCAUUUGUCAUCACAGCUGUAAAACAUUCUUUCUUCUUUUUUUGUACCAAGGAGUGAGUGAUUCUGCUUUGUUCCUGGUUUGGUAGAGGCAGGGUAGGCUUGAGUAACGUGUUGGCCUUCCUCUGGUCUUUCUGUGAAAGACUGCCAGGCGAUCAUAGUUUUCCUUUUCUACAUGGAACUUUUCUCUAGUAUUCAGGAUAAUGACAUAUUGAAAAGAGAAACCCCAAUUACGACCACAAAUUGAACAAAUAACCAACGCUUUUAAAGUGUAUUUUAUAUAUAAAUGUGUAUAUGUAUGUGUAAAAUACAUUGGGACAAUUGCAUACAUUUGUAUGUAUAUGUCUGAGGAAGUGUUUGGACUGAUCUGUCUACUUGGUGAUGCCUGUUUUUUUUUAUACAUGCCUCGUGAAUGUUUUUACAAGUGACUAAAUCUGAGGAUAUUGUAAGAUAUAAACAUCUGAAAAAAACAAGCUAUUAAAUCUUUACAAAAGAGUAAAUAAAAAAUUAAAUGUAUAUUGAUGGAACGUU